CGAGAGACUGCUAGGGUGCGUGGUAGUGGGGAGCUAACGACUAUCCCGUCUCAUUCACUCGCCAACCAUCGGGCGAGGUGUCACGCUUUCUUGUAUUCGAAUUUGUCGUGUCGCGUCGCGUCCUUUAGUUGUUCAAUUGAGUUUUUUUGUUUCGUGUUAUCUUAUACGUGUAUUUAAACAUUGUUAUUAUAGUGAUUUAUAUAAUGUGAUCAUUGUGACUUAGUGCAUGUAUAUCGAUGUAAAGAAAAAUAAUUUAAAGUUAAAAAGUGUGUUAAUUUCAAUUGUGCAAUAAUUUUCUAAAGAUUUUUGUUUACGGGUAACAACAACGUAUUGGAGCAACAUAUUAUUCGAGAAACAACAAACAAAUUGAUCGAUGUGCAUGGAACGAGCGCCUGUUUAUUUAUCGGUAAAAAAGGGAGAAGAGAAAAAGAGAGAGAGAAACAGAGAUUAUGGGAAUACAUCCUUAGGUUCUCGCCCACUUGUAGAGUUCUCGACCACCCAGCUGUGUCUUCUUUCUCUCUCUCUCACUCUCACACUCUUUCUUUAUGUGGUCGACAUUCCUCACCCUUCUCACCAAAUUCUUCAAGGAAUUCAAACGAAUCAAAGAAGAUAUCGAUCAUGCAUCAGGAUUAACAUUCUUUGACCUAUCUUCAAGAGUGGCAGAAUGUCAACUGCAAGUAAUAGUGGGGCAGGGGGAGGUGGAAGUAAUAGUGGAGGAGGAGGAGGUGGAGGAGGAAGUAGUGGUGGAAGUGUUAGUGGCGCUUUAAGUUUAAUGGGUUGCGUCAGAGAGGCUUCUCCUCCUCCUCAAAAUCAUCAUCAUUAUCAUCACUAUCAUCAUCAUCAGCAACAACAACAGCAACAACAACAGCAACAACAACAAGGCCGUGGACUUGGCAUUGGGGAUUUUUCUUCGAACAGUAGUGUCGACCCUUUACCCAAAGAACCAAAAAAACGUCGUUUUCAUCCAUUGAGAGGCUUAAGAAAAAUAUUCCGAAGAAAAAGUCGAGGUGCUGCAGACGUGCGAUUAGUUUCAUCACCUGGAACCGGUGGAAAUGUUGAACGAGAUGGUUCAGAAUUGGUGCGAAUUCCAAGAGAAGAGGUCACUCUAAGACAUCCUGCUGGGAGAGCAGAAGAAGCAAGAAGCAGGAGUGCCAGCGAAUUACUUACAGAUUCUUGUGAUCGUGAAAGUAAACGAAGUUCAAUCACUUCCAUCGGAUUAUCAUCUCGAAGCUAUAAAUUGGUAACACCAGCGAAGCCUAGAAGGUCCUUCAAGCAUGUAUUCCUGAGGAGAAAUGGAACGGAGGAUUUGUUCGUAAAACUACGAGGUGGUACCGGAAAAUUGUCAGUCUCUCACGACAGUGUAUUCCCUGGGGAAGUUCCUCAUACUCGUCCUCUAUCUUCAUUGGACAGUCUGCCAGCUCUCGAGAGACGACAAGAGAGGAAAAGCAACGAGAUCGAACACAAAGACUAUGCUCCCUACGUAGUCCAAAGGCACAGGAUAUCCUUGCGGGUACUCGAGCAAAUAAAAACCGUCAUAGAGAAUCGGAACCAGCAACAAGCAUCGACGAUUUCCUCCGACAAUUCAAACAACACGUUGUUACAACAGACUGCGGGAGAACGUUAUCAGCAGGAAACCACCGAGAAUCGUUUUGGAAACUAUGACAGUCCGGACAAAGGUAACACCGAUGAGAGCCACAUCAAAGUCACCAAACCAGCGAAAGAAAAUGUCGAAAGGACAGUUUCUACGGUGAAAGAGGAUUUACCACAAUUCGAGAGUGCCAGCUUAAAUCAUACAGCAGCUCUCCAUAGAAUUUCGGUUAGACCUAAAAAUCGUCGGCCUCCUAGACGUGCGCCAUCGACAACCAAUAAUACAUCAGCUUUAACGAUAACAACCAUAGUCGAGGAUACUAUGGACGAUGUUGAUCAGCCUAAAUCUCCUACCAAUAUUGUCUCAUCCUCGCCAACAGAAUCCAAAAAGAGUAUAACAUCGGUCACGCGAAAAUCUUCGGCUAGAACAUCGCGAAGUUCGGAUAUCUUUGAAGGCCUAGAAUCCCCACAAACCCAACAACAGCAACAACAGACACCGCAACCACAACCACAACCCAGACUACCUAGAAAACCUUCGAGCACUGCAUCCUUGUCACCUGACAGUCUGGAUGCACUUAAUAAUGCUUCAAGGACAAGCCUUGAAAAUAACGACGAACAAGUUGAGAUCAGAUCGGUCGCAAGGAGACCAUCCAAUCGAAUAUCCAAAGGAUCAGAUGUUUUCGAAGAAUUAGAAUCUAAGUUACCACGUAGGAGAUCAUCCUCGAGUAGAUUAUCAAAAUCACCAGACAGUUUGGAAACUACCUCCUGUUGGUUCUCAAAGUCAACAGAAGGCUUUGAGAAUUUAAUAGAAUACGAAGAAAGCAAACCGGUAGCUAAAAGACUGCUCAAUCCAAUCUCUAAAUCAAGCGAUCGUAUAUCAAAGUCAUCGGACAGUUUAGAAGCCAUCGAAGCUUUAACAAGCGACGAUUCGAUAGAACGUAGAAGAAGUAGUUUUGAAUUUCGUGCACGAAGAUCUUCCAAAUCCAUUUCGAAAUCAUCCGAAAGUUUUGAAGUACUCGAUCAGAGUUCACACGGUUCGGAUAUCGUUCAAGAAUUACAAAAGCGAAGUAGUAUUUCUGAUAUGAAUCUUUCCAGAGGUAGAAGACUUUCUAAAAGUACAUCCAAGUCUUCGGAAAGUUUUGAAAGGAUUGACAUAAGCGAUGCGAAAAAUGUUGAACUUGACGAGAAAGAGGAAGAAAAGGAAAAAGAAGAAAUUGAACAAGAAGAGGAAGAGGAAGAGAAGAUCACGAGAAGGAGAUCGAGCAAAAGAAUGUCCUCUGAAAGUUCGGAUAAUCUUGACGUUGAGGAUAGAUUAGAAAAUAGAAGAGUUAGGCGAAUACCAAAAAGAGUAUCUAGUACAAGCAUCGUUGAUAUUAUUCCAAUGGAUGAUAACGAAGAAGAGAGAAGGUCUAUCAGAAAAUCCAGACUACAAAAAUCAUCGGAGAGUUCUGAAUUAGGAAGCACCGAUACAUUAGACUCGGAAAGAAGAAAUAAAUCGUCCGAGAGUACCGAAACUUUGGAUAGUUUGGAGAAAGAUGUCGAACAAGAUAGAAAGGAAGAAGAGAUAACUGAUAAUGUUUUAGAUAGACGUGAUAAAAAUGAUUCUUGGUCUAGCCGAAGUAUGACAACAACAGAUUCAGAUCAAACAUCAAUGGCGGAUGGUACAGAGGAUUCCAAAUCAUUGAUAUCGCCAGAUAAAUUCUAUUGGCGUCAGUCAUCCGAAUCCAAGGAGAAUCUAGAUAUUCAUCAACUAUUAGCUAUUACUAUAGUUACUCGCAUGGCCGAUAAUGGUAACAAUCAACGUAGUCCAGUUAUUUAUCCAAAGAAGAAACAAUCUUCCCCUCCGACUUCGCCCGUCGCCAAACAGGAAGAUAACAAAAUGAUUUUUGAUAAUCUUUUGACGAACAAGAAUGACGAGGAUCUUCAAAAUAUGUUGAAUGGAAAUAUAUCGGAAGUUUCAACCGAUACUAAAAGUUUCAAAGAGAAACUUAUAAUGUUUGAGAAACUUGGAAAGUGAACUCUCUGUCUUCAUUUCUUUUUUAUGCUUUUUUUUUUUUUUAUUCCAAGUAAAUAACAUAUUUUCACGCUUCGAGUAAAAUUAUCGGAUUAAUUCGUUCAUUAGAUUUGUCGAUUUCUUUUUUGAGGGAGAGAGAGAGAGAAUAUUUUCUUCAAUUUGAUUUUUUUUUUUCUUUUUAUAUAAAUA